CCUGCACUUUUCAUAGGAAAUGUAAUUUACAAUACAUUUAAAAUAUAUGUUACGUCAUUCUAAAAAUCAUAUGUCAAUUGUAAAUUUCCCUGAAGAUUAGUUUAUAGAUGUAUUGGAUUUUUCUUAAAAUUACAUUGUAUUAAAUGUUAAUAAAGAUAAACCACGCAGUUUUUGCAUUUUCAUAAUUGUGUGAAAAAUAUUUCUCAUUAAUCAUCACAUUAAUACAUGAAAAAAUUCCGGAUAUUGUGCAACGAUUACGGGUCAGUAUUGUAUGCUUCGACUAUAAUACUAUAAAACUGGAUUGGCUCGUCCGAAUACUGGUUCUCCCCCAUUCAAUCGCACGAGCCUUUGUGGACGGUAAACAAAGAAAAAUUUGAUCCCAGCGAUAGUAGAACCUCUACAUGCACGCAACGAUCAUUGAACGUACUCAUUCACGUUUAUUUAGCCAGGUGUUGGUAUAAAAGGAAUAUUACUCGCCCGAGUUGUUCUACAUGCAACGCGUGUUCAUAUUUUAUUUGUUAUAUUCCGAUCUCACGUUAAUUAAAUCAAUCACGAAAUAAAAUGCGAAAAUAUGAACAAGAUGUAUUGUCGGUUACGUUACAUAUACGAGGAUGCUUUCGUGGAUGCUCUUACGAUUCUUACAAUUCUCAAGACAAAGCCGAGUAUGGGGCAAAAGUUGCAUAAAGCAAUGUGCUCGGAGCUUCUCGAUAAAAUGAAUGGCGAUUUAGAAGAUAUAUUAAACGAAGGAUCCUUGCGGGAAGGAUUGGAAAAAGUUGCGAAAUUAUCGGACGCAAAUUCUUCCGUGACCGAAGGUACUUGGAGACCACCGGGUAAUGUAUCCUUACAUUUACGUUCACUAGAUGCGCAGAAAAUUAAAGAAGAAAGCGAAUUGUUGGAAAAACAAGUAAACGAGAUGGAAGAAGAAAACACAAUUCUAAUGAAAAGGAUUGCAGAAAAGAGAUCAAAUAUAGUGGCCAUGAAUGACGGCAUGAUACAGUCUUUAAAUAAGUCACUAAAUGUGAUAGAUUCAUUAAAAAAAAGAAGGGAAUGGUUAGAAAAAUGUUUCGUACUACUGGAGCAUUAAUGAUAAUAAAAUAGUAUUACAAAUAUUACACAAAGGAUAUUGUGAGAUAUGAACAACGAAGAAUGUAUAUGUAUAUUUUAUAACUUGUACAGAAUUUAUUUUAAUUAGAGUUAUUUUGUUUGAUAAGUCUGGGAUCAGUUAGGAUCAUAUUUACUCUAUCAUUUAAAUCUGGCGUUAUCUGAAAUUUUUUCAAUUUUCGUAUUAGCGCCAUAUUUUUCUUCUGUAAAUAAAGAUAUAUAUGAAAAUUCGAUGGAACAUAUUGAUAUAAUAUAUAUAUAUAUAUAUAUACAAAGGA